AUCGUCUGCUGUUGUGCGCCACCGCACUUCACCGCUGCACCUGGGGAACUGGAUGAAGGUCGCGUGAGGCUUCUAUAAAGUGCGGCCUAGUCGUUCCGAAAAUCAAGCGAGAGCGAGACCUUCUCUUUACAUCUUUCUCUUGGAAGCACCGAUCUUCGGUUGAGUACUAGUACACCUUGACUUGCUCUCCCACCUUACCCAGGCAACCCCAUUGCUUGACACCACCGCGCAUGGCCCAGGCCUGGAGCCAUCCUCAGCCAAGAUGACCACCAAGAGCGCCCCCGAAAAGGUUACCGAUUACCUUCUCAAGAGAGGUUUCAACCGAACAGAGGAGGUUUUCCGCCAGGAGUCGAAACACCUUGGACCCGAUGGUAAGCCCAUCCAGCAACUCGCCAAUAUGGGUCCCAAGAAGUACGCCAAGGCGUUCAACCUCUUACGGGAAUGGGUGGGCAACAACUUGGAUCUAUACAAGUUUGAACUCUCAAAACUUCUCUGGCCCAUGUUCGUUUAUUCGUUCUUGGAACUCGUCAGCCAAGCAUACGCAGAGGAUGCCAAGACCUUCCUUCGGGACAUCGGUGUCCAUUUCCAGCCAGUCCACGCGGACGACCUGAAGACGUUUGCGACGGUUACUCUUCCCCAGCACAUUGCUGAGAACUCCAUUACGAAGCUCUAUAGAGAGAACAAGUAUCGUAUUCCCCUGAACCAACAUGCCACUGGCGAUCUCUUCAACUUCCUGGAGAGGGAGUCCGAGCAGGGUGGUUCCGUUAUCCGGCAGCUUUUGGUCAACUACUGCCAAGUUGACUCAACGGCUAGAGGGCCCAUUACCCCUUUCAGCUUCGAGGCCGUCUAUAGGAAGUCGAGGAACAUGGAGAUUGAGGAGGUUGACACCAACGAGGGUAUCCCUGGCGUGAACAUUGGCUUGUCCAAUAAGGAUAUUCUAGACCCAGCCGCGCCACUUAAGCUUGGUCCUCUGCCCAUGGAUAUGGACCUUCGGGAAGAUGUGCGAGCCGAGAUUGAGGACGAGGAGCGUCGAAAGCCGCCACCUGCAGGCAAGAAUAGCAUGCUUGAUGAGUUCGACCAGAAGAUCAAGCGCGAGGACAGCGCCGACGUGCCCAACAGGGCCGAGCUUCCGCUGCCUCCCUCGCGACCUCGAGAUAUUAUGCUGGAGAUGCAGAAGGUGCGAGAAAACCGUGAUCGGUUCAAGAUUGAUGGCCAAACUGGAGGCGUGGGACUUCCCAUUAGCGCAUGCAUGUUUACGUUCCACAACAGUCUUGGAAGUAUUUCUUGCAUGGAUUUCUCCAACGACGGCCAGAUGGUGGCGGCCGGUACGACGGAAUCAUACAUUCGGGUCUGGUCUCUUGACGGCAAGGCCCUCCCUACGAUGAAUGCGCAUGAGAAAGAUUCCAAGUUCAACAGCCGCAAACUAAUUGGACAUUCAGCACCAGUCUAUGAUGUGUCAUUCUCGGAUGCCGUGUCUGGUCCCCCUCAGAAACUGUUUGGAGACGAAGGCAAGCCCAACCCGGCGAUUGAUACGAAGCCCAAACUUCUCCUCUCAUCUUCCGCCGAUGGCCAGAUUCGCCUCUGGUCUCUGGAGUCCUGGAGCUGUCUCUGCCUCUACAAGUCCCACGACGGACCCGCCUUCAGAUCGGCCUGGGGCCCUCAUGGACACUACUUUAUCAGCGGCGGCUACGACAAGGCCGUCCGAGUCUGGAUGCAGGACCACGCCUCGCCGCAGCGACUACUGGUCGGACACGACACGGCUAUUUCGGCACUCGCGUGGCACCCUAACGGCAUGUAUGUCUUCUCUGCCUCUGACGAAACCGACAAGUCGAUCCGGAUGUGGUCUGUGGUGUCUGGUUCCUGCGUGCGAGUCUUCACUGGCCACAACGACUACAUCAGCGCUAUGGAGUGCGCACCCAACGGAAAGAUCCUGGCCAGUGCUGACUGCGCGGGCAACAUCUUCUUCUGGGAUCUCACCAAGGGAACCAGGAUCAAGCGGUCCCGCGGCCAUGGAAAGGGUGGCAUCUGGUCCCUGAGCUUCAGCGUUGAGUCCAACGUGCUCGCGUCUGGAGGUCAAGACGGAACAGUGCGACUAUGGGAUGUCGAGCUACCUGCUGAUCCCCAGAAGGCUACUCAACAGCAAGCUGGGCUCGAUGCGGCCAUGGCUGGAACUGAUGGAGCAAACCCUGGCACUACAGCGGGUGAUGCAUCGCGGGCUACGGGUAGUGCGCCUGGACAGGCUGGGGCCGCUGGGGCCAGUAGCGGAACGCACAAGAAGAAGAACAAAGAGGUGAUGAUCACACCCGACCAGAUCAGCGCAUUCCCGACCAAGAAGACGCCGGUGAUGAAGGUCAAGUUUACCCGAAUGAACCUGGUGAUAGUCGGAGGCUGCUAUGAUCCCGAGCGUUAGGAGGCCGGUUCAAACAGCAUGCCAGGCCCCGAAAAGGAGAGCUUUACAAAAGAGAUGCUCAGCAAAAUCGGGCGAGCUAAGAAGUCGCGAGCAAAAGCAGUGGUCAACGGGCAUGACUGACAAAUGCCAUUGCCUGUCUGCCUGUGACUCAAAGCUAGCAGAGAAAAGCCAGCAUUGGAUGCAAUUACAGGAGUUGCGGGCUGAAACGGAGAGCACACCCACACGCUGGGGCCCCAAUGGAAUGGGUGAUAGGGGAGCUCAAGAGGUGCCAUGUUCGUUUUGCUAGUUGACGCCUGGGUUUAGUUUACGGGGAGCUGCAUACCAAAUAAGUUGUAUAUUAACAGGCCACAAAUGGGGAGGUCUCUAAAAUAGCACCCUUCCGAGGAUCAAAUUUCUU